UUUUUAUAAAAUAGUACUCCAUGUAUUAAAUUAUUAAUGUGUCACUAGAAAAACAACUUUCUCCACAAAGAAAAACGAGGAUGAAGAAGAAGAAAUUAAAAAGCUGCAAUUAAUGAUUCUUUUAUUUUAUAUGUUCCUUUAUUCUUUAUUUUCUUCCUUGAAGGAUGGCUGAACAUAAAUGUUUCUUCUACAAAAAGGAUUCAUUAGUGAUAAAAGCUCCAAAGAAAUCUCCAUUGGUAUUGAGAUUAGUGGUGUUAGCCUUUGCUAUGAUCUGUGGUGUUUACAUUUGUUCAAUAUGUUUAAAGCAAAUAGACCCACACACAGCAUCAAAAUUGUUAAAGUUUGAAAUUUUUGAUCAGCCAUGCAAUAAUUCAGACAUACAACCAUGGGAAAUUCCUUAUGUACAUUACCCAAAACCUCAAACAUUUAGCAGGGAGGAAUGCAGGUGCAAUCCUGUAAGAUAUUUUGCAAUAUUUUCAAUGCAGAGAUCAGGAAGUGGAUGGUUUGAGACAUUGAUGAAUAGUCACAUAAAUGUAAGUUCUAAUGGAGAAAUAUUUGGGAAAAGGGAAAGGAGACAAAAUGUUUCAGCAGUUGUGAAUACAUUGGAUAGAGUUUACAAUCUUGAUUGGUUUAGUAGUGCUGCCAAGAAUGAAUGCAAUGCUGCUGUUGGCUUCAAAUGGAUGCUUAAUCAGGGUGUGAUGGAACACCACGAAGGGAUAGUGAAAUACUUCAAUGAGAAAGGAGUUCAUGCAAUUUUUCUAUUCAGAAGGAAUUUGCUGAGAAGAAUGGUAUCUGUUCUUGCUAAUUCCUACGACAAAUCUAAAAAACCUCUCAAUGGAACCCACAAGUCCCAUGUUCACUCAUCAACUGAGGCGGCAGUUCUUGCAAAAUACAAGCCAAGAAUAAAUGCCACCACAUUGCUAGCUGAGCUCAAGCAUGUAGACGACAGAGCUGCGAGGGCAAUAGGAUACUUCAAAACCACUCGUCAUAUUGUCGUUUACUAUGAAGAUGUCGUAGGUAACCACAAGAAACAGAAACUAAAACAAAUUCAGGAGUUCUUGAGUUUGCCGUAUAGAGAGCUUACGAGCCGUCAGAUUAAGAUCCACGUACGGCCCUUACUUGAUCAGAUUGACAACCCGGAAGAAGUUCAACAAGUACUUAAUGGAACAUCUUAUCAGAGUUUUCAUCAGUCAGAUUAUCAGUUAUAGUUUUUAACCAUUUAUUUCAAAUAUUUAAAUCACAUUUUUUCUCUCUUUUACAUUAAUUUUUGAUAUCAAGAAGUUUUAAAUGAUUUUACGUUAA